AUGGAAGGGCAGCACAACCAUCCACACCAUCUAGGGGACCAGAACAACCCUCUUUGCAAGCUGCCGGGGCAAGAAUACCAGCAUGAUCCUCAGAGGCAUUUAACAUCGUACCCGUAUCGCUGCACACUGGCGGAUUUUCAGAUAGAGAAAAAGAUCGGGCGAGGCCAAUUCAGCGAAGUUUACAAAGCAACUUGUCUGCUGGACAGAAAACCCGUGGCACUGAAGAAAGUUCAGAUUUUUGAAAUGAUGGAUGCCAAGGCUAGGCAAGAUUGCAUUAAAGAAAUUGACCUCCUGAAGCAACUGAACCACCCCAAUAUAAUUAAGUAUUUGGAUUCUUUUAUUGAAGACAAUGAACUUAACAUCGUCCUGGAGCUGGCCGAUGCUGGUGAUCUCUCUCAGAUGAUUAAGUAUUUUAAGAAGCAGAAACGGUUAAUCCCGGAAAGGACGGUGUGGAAAUAUUUUGUGCAGCUAUGCAGUGCAGUUGAACACAUGCACUCCCGCAGGGUGAUGCACAGAGACAUAAAACCAGCCAACGUGUUUAUAACCGCCACAGGGGUGGUGAAGCUGGGAGAUCUUGGAUUAGGCCGUUUUUUUAGUUCUAAAACCACUGCAGCACAUUCCUUAGUGGGAACUCCAUACUAUAUGUCCCCAGAAAGAAUACAUGAAAACGGCUAUAACUUUAAAUCCGAUAUCUGGUCUUUGGGCUGUUUAUUGUAUGAGGCAAGACGCCUGCCUGCCUCUGUCCCUGUCUUUCAGCUGCGGGAGCUGGUCAGCAUGUGCAUAUACCCCGACCCGGACCAGCGGCCCGACGUUGGCUACGUGCACCAGAUAGCGAAACAGAUGCACGUGUGGACCUCCAGCACAUGAGCCCUCCGCAGACGCUCGCAGGACGCCAGCACAGCUCAGUCUUACUUGAAUUUCGCUCUCCGAUGAAACCGCCUGGUGCCCGGUCACACAAGUGGGGGGAGCACUCGUAGCAGGGUGCUCCCUCAUUUCUGCAGGUUAUUUGACAAGGACUCUUACACGGUGGUCGUGCUUUAACGUGAAGAUUCUGUGAGGUAUUGCAAGUGAUUUUUUUUUUUUUUUAAGGCCAAUAACAUGAUACAGAUGUAGAUCAUUUAAGGGUCCUUUCUUAAAACUGUCGUGUGUAAUCUAGGAUAGAUGACAUUAACGAGGGCGUGGGAGCGCUGCCACACCCCCUCUAUCUUAACUGUAAUGUGAAAUAUUGAAAUAAUUCCUUCAGUGAAAUCACUUUAUACUAAUGUAAGAAUUACGGUAGAUUUUGUGUAAUUUGUAUAACUGCUACUUUGCCUCUUCUGCAAAUGGUUAAUAGCAAAUUCAGUUUUUACUUCGUAUAUUUUUAAAGCAGCCAUUUAUGUGUUUUUAUUUUAAUUCCUUCCUCUUCAGACUUAGGGAGGGAACUGGGAAGGGUU